ACCUAUACAUGUAGGUUUACAUACAGACACAUGUACAUACACACACACAAACAGAGACACCUGUACACACACACACACACAGAAACAUAUACACACACACAGAGACACAUGUACACACAUACAGACACAUGUACAUUCACAGAAAUACACACGCACAGACACAUGUACACACAUACAUAUGUACGUACAUAUACACACACAUACAUGUACAUGCACACACACAUGUACAUGCACACAGACACAUGUACACACAUACACACACGUACAUACAUGCAGAAACAUGUACAUGCAUACACAUACAAGUACACACACAUAUACAAAUACACACACACACACAGCCCUAUAAAAAGUUGCAGUACUUCGUUGUUCACUCACAGAGCCGGGUACUACACUCUAGGGGGAGGCAGAGAGCACAGAACACACUCCUUCCUUUGCUUUCUCUGCACUCAGCUAUUGAGCAGU